GAAUUACUUCUGAACUCAAAUCAUCAUGUCUGGACGUGGCAAAGGAGGAAAGGGACUCGGAAAAGGAGGCGCCAAGCGUCAUCGCAAAGUCUUGCGUGAUAACAUCCAGGGAAUCACCAAGCCAGCCAUCCGUCGUCUUGCUCGCCGUGGUGGUGUCAAGCGUAUCAGCGGCCUCAUCUACGAAGAGACCCGUGGUGUCCUCAAGGUUUUCCUUGAGAAUGUCAUCCGUGAUGCUGUCACCUACUGCGAGCACGCAAAGAGGAAGACCGUCACCGCCAUGGACGUUGUCUACGCCCUGAAGAGGCAGGGACGUACUCUCUACGGAUUCGGAGGUUAAGAAGGAUCACUUCUUACCAUCACCUUCAAAACGGCUCUUUUUAGAGCCACCAAAAAUCAAGAAAGAUGCAAGAUUUUCUCUAAAGAAAAACACAAUUAGCUAAUUUAAAUUCACCUCAAAGUAGAACAAAGUUAAUGAACAUCACUAGGCCUACCAUUUAAAUAAUAAAUAGGACCAGC